CGUAUCGCUAUCAUAGGUGCAGGAGCAUCAGGAUUAACAAGUAUAAAACAAUUGAUAGAUACUUUCCGACGUGUGGGGAGAUCGGUAGAGGUAGUUUGUUAUGAAAGUAAAGAAGAUGUUGGAGGUGUAUGGCUUUCCGAUGAUGUUCCAAAGAAAUAUUUAAGGAAAGAUAUUCAUCAAAAUGAUCAAGAUUCUAUAAUUGUUUAUCCUCCAAUUGGAACGGAUCCUUCUCCUAUGUAUCAUGGUUUAAGGACUAAUUUACCUUAUGAUCUAAUGGCUUAUCGUGAUCAUUUGUUUCCACCUGAUACGACUACUUUUCCAGAUCGAAAAACCAUUCUUAAAUAUCUACAAUCCUACGCCUCUACAUUCUCUCUUCAUCAACAUAUCCAAUUUCAAACCCGUGUCACACGUCUUUAUCUUUCUCCCAAAUCCACCGAUACAAACAGCGUACGAAGAUGGACCAUCCAAACUAUCAACCUCAAAACCUCUAUAACUUCCUCAGAUACAUUCGAUCAUGUAGUAGUUUCAAACGGUCAUUAUGCUGAAGGAUACAUACCUUCCAUACCUGGUUUAUCUUCAUUUCCAGGGGAGAUAAUACAUUCCAGAUAUUUUCUCGACCCAGAGGAAUUCAGAGGGAAGAGUGUUAUGGUAGUUGGAUCUUUCGCUUCUGGUUCUGAUUUAUCUAGACAAAUAGCUUCUUUGAAUUUACAUUCUUCUCAUCUUUCAAACCCACCCCAAUCGAAUCAACAAACAUCUUCUUCAUCGGGGAAUGACAUCACAACGGAUGAUGAAAAAUAUACAAAAGUAUAUCUCUCAGCAUCUUCUCAAACACAAUAUUCAAACACUCCUGAUCAACCAUGGACACCUUUUAUAAAAUUCGUUCCUCUAAUCAAAUCAAUUUCACCAUCAACAACGAAUCAUACAAAAGGUAUAAUCAAUCUUCAAGAUGACCAACAAAUAUCCGAUGUGGAUGUUAUAAUCUUCGCUACGGGAUAUUAUUUUUCUUUACCAUUUUGUAAAACCACUGAUGAACCUUGGAUCUCUAAUGGGAUUUUAAAAAGUUAUAUCGAUGAUGGGGAAAGAGAAAAUGGUUGGAAGGAUGAAAUUGGUGGUUUGAAAGGAUUGAAAAUGGAAGGAUUAGAUGAAUUGUUGUUGUUUUUGAAAAAUGAUAAUAGUAUUGCUUUUCCUGUUUUACAAUAUCAAAUCGUUCCAUUCCCAUUCGCAGAGAUCCAAGCACGUUUAUUUUCUUUCUUAUGGUCUGAUCAACUUCCUGAUUUCUCAAAACAUCCGGAAUUACCUCUAAACCCUAGUAAUCCAUAUUCUCAAUCCUCUAAUUCCACUCUUCAUUCUAAAUCCGUACCAUCUUCCUCCCUCAAUACCGCCCAUUCAGCUCAUUUCUCCACUACUUCCACUAAUAAAGGUCCCCAUUCGGUUGGUGGAUCGGAUCCUAUUAGAAAAGUAGUGACAAUGAGACAAAAACUUGUUUUCGGUGCACCGUACGAAUGGACCUAUUCAGAAUUUUUGAUGAGAUUGAUGGAUGAAGCAGAGGAUCAAUUUGAGAAGAAAGAAUUAGACGGUUGGAGGAAAGUCGAAAUUUGGAGAAGAGAAAGAAGGGAGGAGAUUGCUCAAGGUUUAAGAAAGAAAUUAUUAGGUUAUUGA